GUUUGUCUAGGGACAAAUGAACUCCCUCCUAGCAGGAAUAUAUCUACAAAUCAGAGGAUAUCCAUAAAAUUACUAUCGGGGUAUUUUUUUAUUUUUUUAAAUUGAGCUUCCCCAUAAACUAGGCAGACUAUCAGGCUAGUCUGAAUCAGCAGUAUUUGUAAGUGUAGGUAUAUUUGCGAGAUUUUCCAGCGUAGCUAUUGUAGUAUGUGGAAUUGUCGUAUAUGCUGUAAUAUAGGCUGCAACCUGUAAUGAGUCGAGCUCGAGCCAACACACGCCAAAUGUUUGGAGUGUCAUUGCUGAAGGUCACCGAGCGCUUUUUGGUGAACUCAGGUAAGCUGGCUGUGUGAGAAGGACACAAUCCAAAUGCGCGAGCCUGCCGACUCUCCUUCCAGUUGGUGAGGAUGAGAAGAAAUGAGCAGCAGAGAGGAAGAGUGAAAGACUGGCGGGAGAAGGCGGAACAAAGCGGUGCCCGGAUACACGCUAUAACCGCUCACCCGCACUGCAGAUUAACUCUUGACUCCCCGAGGAUGCUCAGUACUGGUGUAAUGUGAGGAAGGCCUAUAAGCAAACUUAACACGAAUUCACACUGGAUAUUAUGUCAUUCUACAUGGAUUAAGCACAGCAUUGAACAUGCAUCAGGAGCAGGAUAUCUGACCAGUAGCAAUGGUUCUGCUGUGACUGUGUCCAUCUUCAUCCAAUAACAUACAGCCCUCAUAUAACAUCACCCUGUAGACUGUGAUGGACAAGAACCUUUAGUCAAUAAGGUGGCAGGUUUGAGGGUGAACUGGUCAACUGUUAGACCAGGUGCAUCGUGGAUUUAGCUGUGGCUGGACUCCAGGUGCCGGAUGCAGAACCUUUUUGAACAGAACUUAGACAUGGCCACCGCUCUGCUUGCAGGGGAGAAGCUGAAGGAGUUGAUCCUGCCUGGUUCCACGCAGGAUGAGAAGGGUGGUGCACUAGCUGGACUCAUGGUGCAGCUCAAACUGGAGCUGCCCUUUGACCGAGUUGUCACCAUAGGAACGGUCAUCAUCCCCAUCUUAUUAGUCACUCUGGUCUUUACACGGAACUUUGCAGAGGAGUCAAUAUACUGUUACACCCCACACAAUUUCACACGUGACCAGGCCCUCUAUGCCAGAGGUUACUGCUGGACAGAGUUACGUGAUGCUAUUCCUGGGGUUGAUCCUGAACUCCGACCCUCUCUGUUUGAGCAUAAGUUUCUGCCCUAUGCUCUGCUAGCAUUUGCUGGUAUUAUGUAUAUUCCAGCCCUAGGCUGGGAGUUCCUUGCGUCCACACGCCUUACCUCUGAACUCAACUUCCUCCUCCAAGAGAUUGACAACUGCUACCACCGUGCAGCUGAGGGCAGAGCACCCAAGAUUGAGAAGCAGAUUCAGUCCAAAGGGCCUGGGAUCAGCGAGCGUGAGCGGCGGGAGAUCAUUGAGAAUGCAGAGAAGGAGAAGAGCCCCGAGCAGAAUCUUUUUGAAAAAUAUCUAGAGCGGCGAGGGCAAAGUAACUUUUUAGCCAAGCUUUAUCUAGCCAGGCAUUUAGCCAUCAUCUGUCUCAGUUCCAUUCCCAUCACCUACCUGAGUACAUACUAUGCUCGGCAGCGGCAAAACGAGUUCACAUGCAUGCUGGGUGAGCCACCUGACAUCAGCAGCAUCCCUGAGUUGCGCCUCAGUGUGAACUGCAAGCUGCCAGCUGUGCAGCUCCAGCGCAUUAUGGCUGCUGUAGACAUUGCACUGCUCUGCACCGUGAACCUCAUCAUUUUAGUUAAUCUACUGCAUCUGUUUGUGGUGCGCAAAUCCAACUUUGUAUUCGACAAGUUGCACAAAGUCGGCAUCAAGACACGGCGGCGUUGGCAGAAGUCUCAGUUUUGCGAUAUUAACAUCCUGGCCAUGUUCUGUAAUGAAAACAGGGACCACAUCAAGUCUCUGAACAGACUGGACUUCAUCACCAAUGAGAGUGACCUUAUGUAUGACAAUGUGGUGCGACAAUUAUUGGCUGCUUUAGCUCAGUCCAACCAUGAUGCCACACCGACUGUUAGAGACUCUGGAAAUCAGACAGUUGACCCCAGCAUGGAUCCUUCUGUACUGGGAGUUGGAGAAAUGGGUGUAGAGACAGUUAUCAAAAGACCACGGAAAAAGAUCAAGUGGAUCCCUACAUCUAACCCUCUGCCCCAGCCAUUUAAAGAACCUCUAACUUUGACCCGGUUGGAGAACAGCAUCAAAGCAGAAAAACCUAAACCUUUGCGGAGAAAGACUGUAGCAGAUACCAUCAUUGCUCCUCUACUGGACACCAAGAGCACACAGCAUCCUCCUAAAGAAACCAACAACGGGACAGAGAAAAAGCACACUCGUAAUUUCUCCCUGGAUGUCCAUCCGUACAUGUCGACCAUCCAGAAGCCUAAAUCAGAAAUGAAUAAUCCACAGCCCCCAGCUGCUGACCAUCCUCUGGACACUACGUACAUAGAGGGCACUCACACUGUAGUCCAUGUCUCCUCAGCACUCACUGAAAAGAAUGACCCUCCUCCUCAAUCCACCACCAGUGCAUUUUCCACCGUGACCCUGUCCUCCACCUCUUAUAUGAAUGGAGGAACAGCUAGUUUGCCUCCUUCUGAAUCACCCAAAACCAAUGAGCCUCUCAAAACAAACCCAGAGCCUGUGAGUCAGCCUGCAUCCUACAGCUGUAACCCUUCACAUCCUCUGCUCAGCAUCCACCACACUCUCUAUGAGGAGGAGGAGGAGCAAGGCCACAGGGACAAACUGGUGGAAAGACCUGGCGAGCUCAUCGCUGCUGGAGAAUGCUGAAGACACGCACAAAAAGACAAGCACAUAUUCACACCUCUCAUCGUUUGACCUUAGCACCAAGCCAUAGAAGGGUAAAUUGUUUAUAACCACCUCACAUGGAGCAGCAACCACACUGUAUCACCUACUGUGCUUUAGGUGGAAACAGUGAGGUCAGAGAUUUGUACUGUCCACCAGGGAGAGGGACAAUGAAUUGAUUGCACAUACAGGUAUUUAGAAAACAUCUUUCUUUGCAAGUACACAACCAGUUAUAAUGAAACAUAUCACUCAACAGUAAGAGGUCAUUUCCCUGAAACACUGGUGCUCACUUGAAUGGAAUGUUUUCCUGUGGCAUUCCAAAGCUAAGGACUGGGUACAUCAAUUAACAUAAAAAAAUUUAAAAGAAAUAUGUUGUGCUUUAUACACCUCAGUGUACACGUCUUACAUCAAACACAACUUUCCAAAUGAUUUUAUCCUAUUGAUAUAUUGUUCUGUGGAUUUCAGCAGGUAUCCAAUGCAAUAUAGUCUAGUUAUCCUUCAAUUAUGCAAAUGCACACAAUCCUUUUUGCAAUAAUAUGCAUAUUUAAAAUAUCCGCACUGUAUAUACAGAACAUAUAGAUAUGUCACAUUAUUUAAAUCAUGUGAUUCUUCAACCCAAGGACGACUGGUGUUUGCCAUAGUAUGGUUCAUAAAUUCAGGUCCAAAUUGUGAGUAUCACCAAAUGAAUUCAUUUUGGGAACUGGGUACUAUUACAUAUCAUAAGACACAACAGCAAAUCCAGCAUCUUUAUGUAAUCUAAUAUAGUAAUUUAAAUAUUUGGCCAUUAACGAAAAAGCCUGGAGUUGUACUGGAAAACUGCAGCCUCUCCAGCAGAAGCACCAGCUGACCUUUCAUUAAGAAGGCCGUUACCUUUACAGACAAAUGCCGCGUUGACGCAUUCGAAAUCCAUUGAUUCACCUCUUCCCCAGACACACAGCCAAUAUAUGUAUUGAAACGAAAUACAAAAUACUCAUCAUUUUUUCAUAAGCCACUACAUUAUAAAGCACAUCUGUAAUUACCAAUUACACCUCGCUCUAACAUUUCCACAAGGCCAGUGCAACAUUUUAAUUGCAACUCUGGCAAGACCUCAGUAGUACCAAAAUGCACAGAGACACUUUUAUUCUAUUCCUAUUAACUGUUUGAAUGUUGUCUGAAAAAUGUAAGACUUCAUAUAAUGUUAAAAUGUUGUACUUAGUAUAGGUAAUCAAAGAUAUCUGAAAAUCAAGCUGCCAGUCCUUCAUGAGCAGUCAAUCCAUGGACACUCAGCACACUCUUUGUGUUAAAUAUUUAUCCAACAAAGAAAUAUUGGAAUUAUCAUCAAGCACACUGAUGAGUGAGACAUAUUAGUCUCUUAGUACUGUCAAUGAUAUAUAGUCAGGUCCAUAAAUAUUUGGACAUUGGUCAAGUUAUUGUUAUUUUAGCUGUCUACAACAGUAUAUAGGAGUUCAGAUUAAAGAUGAAUAUGAGCUUAAAUUGCAAACUUUCGGUUUUAAUUAGCGGAUAUUUACACGAAAAUCAGAUGAACUGUGUAGGAAUUGCAGCACUUUUUAUAUGCAUCCCCUCGCUUUUUUUAAGGGACCAAAAUUAUUUGGAUAAAUUAACAUAAUCAUAAAUUAAACUGUCAUUUUCUGAAUACUUGGUUACACAUCCUUUGCAGUCAAUGACUGCCUGAGGUCUGGAACUCACAUACAUCACCAGACAUGGUGUUUCUUCAGUUCUUGCUUGUUCCUGUGGGUUUUGCCUUCAGAAAGUGAAAUGCAUGCUCAGUUGGAUUCAGUUGGAUUCAAUUGACAUUCCACUUCUUUGCCUUUCUUCUUCAAAGUGCGCUUCAAGUCAUUGUCCAUCUGCAGUGUUAAGCACCGUCCAAUGGGUUUUGAAGCAUUAGGCUGAAUCUGAGCAGAUAUUAUCACCCUAUACACUUCAGAGUUCAUCCUGCUGCUUUUGUCAGCAGUCACAUUAUCAAUAAGUACAAGGAAACCAGUACACCUGGCAGCCAUUCUUCAUAUUCUUCUCUUCCAUCAUUCUGGUACAAGUUGAUCUUUGUCUCAUCUGUCCAAAGGAUAUUGUUCCAGAACUGUAUGGGCUUUUUAAGAUGUUUUUGACAACUCUAAUCUGGUCUUCCUGUUUUUGCAGCAAUAGUAUGUAUCUGAUGGUAAACCCUCUGUAUUUACUCUGGUGAAGACUUCUUUUGAUUGUUGACUUUGACACAGAUACCCCUACCUCCUGGAGGGUGUUCUUGAUGUGUUGUGAAGGGCUUUUCUUCACCAGAGAAAUAAUUCUUCUGUCAUCCACCACAGCUAACCAAUUGUCCAAUUACCUUUGGUCACUUAAAAAGGGUGGGGGGUGCCACAUAAAAAGUGCUGUAAUUCCUACACCGUUCACCUGAUUUGUAUGUAAAUACCCCCAAAUUAAAGCUGAAAGUAUACACUUUAAUCUCACAUUAUUUAAUUACAUCUCCAAUUUACUGUGUUAGACAGCUAAAAUAAUAAAUUUGUCAAUGUCCAAUUAUUUAUGGACCUGACUGGACCUGACUUUUAGUAGGUGAAGUCUGACUUGAAUGUGGCAUCAUCAUAUCCUCAUAUUGCACCUAUAGAUCCUAGAGAAACUCAGUUUUGCUGUUGAUCAAGUAGGUUGCCAGUUUUUAAGCUGGUAAUAUUAGAAGCAAAACCAAUUUCAAAUGAAAUGUAUGCUGCAUGAUAUGUUGAUCAUAUUCAGUUACAUUAAUCAGAUAUAUGAUGGAUAAAUACCACCUAGAUUGUCUUGUACAUGUCUGCUCAUUACUGUAUUAAAUUUAAGCCCACAGACACACCAAACUGCAUUUACAUUAUAAACUGUAGUUUAAAUCGGUUUGAUUGUUGUUUUGCAGACAGGUCCAUGGUACCUCUUCUCUACCUACACUAAUUAGAUUAGCGUAAAUAGAGAUUACUUGGGUCAGAUUAUUGAAAAUUGAUGGGAUAGUAUAUCAAUGAGAAGUGAAUGUAGCUAUGUAGUCACAGAGUUAACACUUUUAAAGAAAAUAAAAAUUAACAAAGCAUGACUGACUAUUGAUUGUUUCUCAUAGGCCUAACCAACAAAGACUGCAGCAUUGUAUAGUGUAAACAUGGAUCUUAUUUUAGUGGCACAUAUCCAGUGAGAUGGGAGAGUCAAAAGCUUGACAAUGAAACUAUUAGUGCAUACAAUACAUUAUAUUCUGAGCUCUCAUCUUUGGCAUAAUAAGAAUGAUGGGGGGGCAAAUCAUUUUACACACAUGCACACACACACACAUGCAUGUUGUCUGUCCUUUUGUUUAAUUUGUACUUUGGACAAUGUGUGCUUAAUCUAUCUACUUUUAGUUUCUCAUUGAAAGGCAUUUUAGGAGAAAAAAACAUGGCAAAGUAAAUAAUCAGUCUUGUUCGCUUUCAUUUCUCACAUCUGUUUCACCUACACCUUCUCAAUCACAGCUGAUGUAUUUUUUUGUGAUUGAGUAAUGACUUAUUUGGACUAUUUGCUGCCUUCAAAUUAAAUUACUUAGACGUAUGACUCAAUCAAACCAGGCAUAUAAAAAAUUAUAACACAAUGUGAGGAGGUCCAAUUGUACUGAUCAUAACAUUGGUACAUAUCAUGCAACAAUAUAUAAAUCUUGCACCAAUAUUUUACAAUGUACUUACAAAAAAAAUCCAAAAUGUUAAAAAUGAAAUGCAACAUGAAUACUUAACAACAAUCUAUAACAGCAGAAAAAGUGGUGUAGUAAUGAAUCUCUAGACAACAACAACACCACAUUAAAGGUAAGGUUAAAAUGUUCAUUAUGCCACACAUCACAAUGGCUUGGGUAAUAAUGUAUGAACAUUACAAUACCCAGACCUCAUUCUAGGAAUGGAUAGAACCAGUCAUUUUUCCGUUGUUAUGGGUUUAUACACACUAUUGCAAAUGAUUUUUCGGUUUAUUGUUAAUUAUUCCAUCUUUGUAAUUAUUCCAACUUUGUAAUUAUUGAAUUACAGGAUUUGUUAUCAGUACAACAAACUUUACAUAACCUCUGGGGCUGUAUGAGAGAUUAUACCCUUUACCAAAAAAUGAAUGAAAAUGAUAAAUGUGGGGCACAGAGCAUCCGGCCGUGUUCAAUACGCUCCUAUGUUAACGAACGUGGCCGCACCCACUCACGUGACAAUAAAAACCGCACGCUCUCAUGAAUUUUUUUUGUUGGGUCCUGGGCAGAGGUGUAGCAAGGGGGUGGAUUUUGGAUUUGAACUCCUUGAUAUAUUUCAUGACAGUUCCAAAUGCUUAUUUGAGGGUGGUUAACAUAACACACCAACAGUGUAGCUGAUUAUAUGUGUCAAAUGACAUAGUUGUGUGCAGUAAUUGCACUAUAAUGAUUGUUCAACUCAUCAUUAUGGUUCCAUAUUUAAUCUCCACAAACAUCAAAUGAACUUUCAUUUGUUUAAUCACACUUUACCAGCUGCUAUGGUGAGAAACAGGACUAAUCAGUCAAGGUCAUGCAUUUUACCCUUUCUGUUUGAAAGCUGCUAGCCAGUUAGCUAUACUCUGAGCUCGGGGAUAUUCAGGUAACUGCCAAGGAAGUAGAGGGUUUACUGCAGGAGGAGAAAAAGAAAGUCAGCUAAGAUAAAGUGUAAUUUUGCCCCAUUACUACCCUAUUUAACCAUUUUCCAUGGAAUUGUAAU